AUGGGUCCGUUAAUACCCGGUUUACUAGACGACGUAGCAGAGCUGUGCCUCACACGAAUCCCGCGCUCUGAGUUUCGGACCAUUUCGCAGGUGUGCUCGCGAUGGAGGAGAUUCCUCAUGUGCAAGCAUUACGCGGCCGUUCUAAAGAUGCCCGGAUCGGUGGAGGAGGAGUUCAUGUGUGUUCUAUUGGAUAACAUGUACUGGGAAGUUUACGACGGAUUAUAUAACAAACUGGGACAGAUCCCUCCUGUCCCUGGGCCUUUCAAGUGCGGUUAUGGUCUCAUGGUGCUAGAUGGCAGAAAGAUUGUGUUCGUUGGUGGAAAAUAUAAGGUCCGACAAUCGAAUGAGGUCCGAGGAUUGAAGGUCCGACGACGGUUUGAAGUCCGAGAUUCUGUGUUCACUAACGCUGCUUCGUCCAAUGUUUACGAGUUCAAUCCUGCUACUAACAGGUGGAGAAAACUGGCAGACAUGAACGUACCGCGUCACAACUUUGCAUAUGCGGUAGUCGACGGCCUUUUAUAUGUGAUACGAGGCUACUCUGCAGAUGAUGUUGGCAUUCUCAACGCGGAAGUAUACAACCCUAAAACUAAUAAAUGGAGCCUCAUGGAUUGUCCACACCGCCCCAACUUUCGUCCUGCCUUCGCAUUCUCCUUCCAUUCCAAACUUUUCGUUGUAGGCAAUGAAUCAAGGUUCAUUGACAUAUAUGACCACAGAACAAAGAUAUGGGAAGAGUUAGACUCGGGGCAAACACUGUCGGUGUACUCCUAUACUGUGGUUAGGAACAAAGUGUAUUUCAUGAACAUGGACAUGGCCGAAAUGGGAGUGUUUGAUCCGGAGAAAAAUUCUUGGAGUUUGGUGGAUGUGCCUCGGGGUCUUUACAGACUAGGACAAUGUAACAAUACGGUUGUUCUGUUUAAACGGAUACUUCUUAUUAAUGCCAUAAGUGGUCACCUUGAUAAAGAGGACGAGGUCAAGUUGAGAGACCCACCGAUUGUUCUAUCUGGUUUUGACGCCACCAGCGUUCUCAUCAAAUUUUGA